GACUUUUCAUUUGUCCUCUAUUUAAGCGGGUACAUUGAGUGAGUGGUCACGUCCCUGCAUUUUCAUGGUGUAGCACUGCUUGUCAGUGGCAGAGACCAGAGAGAGGGGGAGAGAGAGAGAAGGGAGAGUGAGAGGAAGAAGAAAAUGGCAAAAUCACCAGAAGAAGAACACCCACAGAAGGCUUUUGGGUGGGCUGCCAGAGACUCUUCUGGAAUACUUUCACCAUUUCGUUUCUCCAGAAGGGAAAAUGCUGAUGAUGAUGUAACAAUCAAGGUCCUCUUCUGUGGGGUCUGCCAUUCAGACUUACAUUCUGCCAAGAACGAAUGGGGUUUCACCAACUUCCCUGUUGUGCCGGGGCAUGAAAUUGUUGGUGUUGUGACCCAUACUGGGAACAAUGUGGAGAAAUUCAAAGUAGGAGAUCGUGUAGGAGUUGGGGUCAUAGUGGGUUCCUGCAUGAAAUGUGAUACUUGCCAAGAGGACUUGGAGAAUUAUUGCCCUCAAGUAAUAUACACCUAUAACUCACACCAUCAUGACCAUGACCGAACAAAAACUUAUGGUGGUUAUUCUGAUAUGAUUGUUGUUCACCAUCGCUAUGUGCUCCGCUUUCCUGAUAACUUACCCCCUGAUGCGGGUGCACCACUUUUAUGUGCUGGGAUCACUGCGUACAGUCCAAUGAAAUAUUAUGGAAUGACCGAGCCCGGAAAGCAUUUGGGUGUGGCGGGACUUGGCGGGCUUGGUCACAUCACUGUGAAGAUUGGUAAGGCAUUUGGUUUGAAAGUGACUGUCAUCAGUUCCUCCCCAGCAAAGGAGGAUGAGGCAAUUAAGACACUUGGGGCUGAUUCUUUUCUUCUUUUAAGUGACCCUGCCAAAUUGAAGGAAGCAAUGGGUAGCAUGGAUUAUAUCAUUGACACAGUGUCUGCAGUUCAUGCCCUGGCUCCAUUAAUCGGUCUACUGAAGCUGAACGGGAAGCUGGUCACCGUGGGUUUGCCUGACAAGCCCCUGGAAUUGCCUAUCUUCCCUUUAGUUUUGGGGCGGAAGCUUGUAGGGGGAAGUGACAUAGGAGGGAUGAAAGAGACGCAGGAGAUGCUUGACUUUUGUGCCAAGCACAACAUAACCUCAGACAUCGAGCUGAUUCGAAUGGAUUACAUUAAUACAGCAAUGGAACGACUUGCCAAAUCGGAUGUCAGGUAUCGGUUUGUGAUCGAUGUGGCAAACUCCCUGACUUAGUAGACUGUCUAUGAUGCCUAGACGGCUAUGGUUUUGAGUUGCUGGUGAUUAAAAAUAAGCUAUGUUUGGUAAUGAUAUGGAAGUUUUCGGUGGAGAUAACAUAAGAAAAUUUGUGGUCCUGGACACUUGGUGGUUGUGCCGGUCUAGUUAUAUUGAUCUUCCGCCAUUUUCUGUUUGAUGUUUCUGAAUCUGACGAUAGCAUAUGUAUAAACUUUCGCCUGCUCCUUUUGCUAUAUAUUUCUUGUCUCUUC